CCGUAGUGUCGAGAACUCGAAGAGAAAGGGAGGGGACUGAACAGUGAUCUUCGUCUUCGCAUCGAUUCCCAUCGAAUCUCCAUCUCAAUCAAUCGCACAAGAGAGAAAGAGAGAGUUUUGAGGAGUGAUGUCGAAGAAGAAAUCUUCUGGAAACACCAUGACGCUCAAGGACUUCCAUGGCGGUUCCAUCCCUUCUGAUCUCCCUCUCCCUUCCGCUCCUGGAAUAGCUCCGAGACCUGGUUGCGAUAGAACGUCUUGGGGGACUUCAAUUGGCCGAUCAGAUCAGAGGACGAGGCCGAGUUCGUCUCAUUCUAUCAGAAAUUUCGAUGAUAAGACACCUUUUCUGUCUCUCGCGGCAAAUAUUGGGCACAAUUUCAGCGAAGAUGAGCGGAAGCCACUGGACGGUCCCUCGGCUCCGCGUAGAAUGGUUAGUGACGACGUUUUCCGGGCUCCUAGCACCUAUGUGGCAGUGAAAUCGGACUCAGUUUUGGCUGGGAGACUUGUCAGUUGGCAGGGAGCGUCUGGCCCUUGGCCCGUGAAGAAGGUUGAUGCUUCUCAUUCUGGGAUUUGUGACCAAAUGAUAGGAGGAAACAGUGAGAAGAACUCUAUGUCGGGGUCUAACCCUAAUAAUGCUUGGGCUUCACCAAGGGAGGUGACACUGCCAAGCAGUGAGUCAGGACAAUCUCCCUGGGCUACAAAACCUGCUGUUUCCAAACUGGCCCAUGUAACUGCCAUUGAGCAGGUGCCCUCGGGAAGAUGGCAUUCGAAGUUAGUAGCUCCUGGUCAGAUCGAGAAUCUGAAGCAUUCAGAGUUGGAGAAUGGGCUUUAUAAAACUAAUGACAAUGUGCUCGACCGAGGGGAUUUGGCACGUGAAAGAGAGUCUUCAGAUGUAAGGUUAGAUAUGCACAUAGAAAAGGGCCUGGGAAUUGAAGAUGGCAUCCCUGGUGGGAGAAAAGUUUCACCCGAUUACGAAAAAGGUCCUGCGUCAGCCUGUUUCGAAGUUAAACAUGGGAAUGUUAUAGCAACCAGAAACAACAGGAUUUAUCCAAAUCAUUCAGCAGAGCCAAUAGUACCUUCUGAAGCUAUGGAACGACCUAAGCUGAAACUACUGCCGCGGACAAAACCUCUUGAAAACGUUGAGAGGCCUUUGCAUGAUGCGAAGCAGGAAAUCAGGGCUUCCGUUGUUGUUCAGCGUGAAAAUGGUAACGCCACUAACGUGACAGGCAAGAAUAUGAAUAUUUUGAAACCUAGUUCACCUGCAGAUGAGAGUGAUAACCCGCAGGCUGAACGUCCCAAACUGAAUUUGAAGCCAGUAUCGCAGCUGCUUGUUCAGCCACUUGUAAACCCUGAAAGGGAGAGAAAUGCGGUUUUUGGCGGUGCAAGACCUCGAGAACUGGUAUUGAAGGAACGGGGUAUCGAUGAAACUGACCAUAACGAGUCGGAACAACUCUUUGAAAGGGUAAAACCUAACGCUUCCAAAACCGAAAGGAUCCCAGAUCAAGCAUUCCCUUCUCGUCCAUUGAAUAAUAUUUCUCGUGAGAUUAGAACGGGAAAAGUCGAAAAGAAGGACAACCAGAGUUUAAGCAAUGCAGACAGAUCCGAAACUGAGAUGAGAAACUGGCGCAACAACAAUGAUAACAACAGCAGGAGGAACAACAGCACGAGAGGGAACGAGAGACAUCCGUCCCCAGAGACGUGGCGGAGAAACCCCGUCGAGGAACCACGGAAACCAGAAUCUGCGGAAGGAAUGGGGCAAAGAUACGGGAAAGCGGCCUCGGCAUUGGAGCUUGCACUGGCGUUUUCGAAGCCCGUAUCAGGGGGAGGGCGAGGGCUUUAAGAAGGUGCAACGAGGAGGGUUGUCGGGACAGAACGUGGUUCAAGUGCAAGUGCCGUUCUCUAGGUUGACGACACAGACGCGGAGGCAGAUCAAUGGCUACUGACUGAUUUCUCAUUUGAAUUGAAUUGGUUCGUCUCGGCAGAGUGAUUGUGUGCUCUUUCCUCGUAGCUCUCCACCGUGUCAUCAAAUCCGUGUGAUGAAACUAGAAUUUUCUCUUUGAUCAUACGAAAAAUUUCUGCUACAAGUCUCGCCUUAGUGUGUUAGUAUGUCUUAACGGAAAAGGAAAAGAUAAGGAAAAGUUUUCCGACAAUUUUUCAAGGGAAUUGGAUUCGGUUAUUUUCGGUUUAAUGUAGUAUUUUGUUUUUUGUUUGCAA